CAAUAAUCAGCUGUUCUCAUUGCGUAUCCUGCAAACACGAGCAUUUCAUUUUAGUUGACAAAAAACAUAAUACUUAUGUUUAUUGUAUAAAAGUAAAUGUGAAUUUUAUAGUCACACACAAAUAAUAAGACAAUGGUGCAUUUGCUUAGAUAUACUACGAAAUAUUUGUUAAAAAAUGCUCAACAGCUGCCAAUUAAGCGAAGCAUUUCUGCGCUCUAUAUAACCGGUGAUAAGGCGAAAAAGAACUAUGCACCACUUCAGCCGUACAUGGAUUUUGAGGCGACACUCAACCAACAAGAACCAUUGGAAGAAAGCAUAAAAGCACGUAAAUUGCAGAUAAAUCUAGAUGAAUUAAAGACAAAAUAUGCGAAAUUUCAAAGUAUGAAAAAACAAAUAAAGCAAGUGGAGGAAGAACGUGAGUCAGUAUCGAAAAAACUGAAGGAGCUAAAUAAACUGGACACUGCCACAAAAGAAAUCGAGCAAUUGAAGGAGAAGGGAGUGAGUUUGCGUAAUGCUUUGAAGUCACUUAAGACAGAAAAUUAUCCAAUUGAAGAAGACUUUGUACACUCAUUUCUAAAUUUGCCAAACCAUUUGCAUCCGCGAUGUCCACAAGGCAAUGUUGAGAAGUUGCUUUACCGCAGUCCAACUCCACGGUGUGAAGAGCAGCGCCCCACGCAUUUGGCCAAUAAAGAACUCAUACGUUUCUUCAACAAUAAUCGCUACUAUAUGUUAGGCACACUAGCAGAAUUCGAUGUAUACAGCAUGCAAGCGUUGACGAAUUAUUACGUGAAAAAAGGUGGUUUCUUACAAAUGGCUAACCCGGACUUUGCGCGUCUGGUGCUUUUAGAGGCGAGUGCAACACCUUUGGAAAAAUAUCACUUGGUGAAAGAGGAGGAUUUAAUCAGUGAAGUUAACCGUGCAUAUUUAACCGGUGGUGCAACUUUUGAAGGUUUCUUAGCAGCUUUUGCGCGUCUGGUGGUUUUUCCUAAAUCCUUACCUAUACCUAUGGUGGCUCCCGGUAGAAGUUACGUGAAAGUAGCAAAUAAAGAAGGGCAAGUUGAAAAUCUUUUCACUGCCACACAAACAAAUGCUGUGCAAACGUUUGUUGCCACCAAAAGUGCAGACGAGGCAGAGGAGCAAAUGGAUAAGAUCUUAAAUUUAGCCGUAGAUUUCUACAAAGAAUUGGGUGUGCAUUUUCGUGUUAUCUAUGAGGACGCGAGUGCGUUAACUAAUGCCGAAUGCCUACGCGCAAGCAUACAAAUAUACUCACCGGCAGAACAACGUUACAUAUGUGUGGGAAAUGUUAGCAACUAUGGUGAUUUCGUGUCGAAACGUAUAAUGUUUUGUAUUCGUGAAAAUAAAGGCUAUACUUUUCCACAUAUAGUGAGCGGCAAUGUGCUGCACGUAACGCGACUAAUCGCUUUAUUAUUGGAAAAUGGUGUGAAUCUCGAGAACUGUAGGCUGCUCGGUGAUCCAGAUAGUGAAAAGAGAGAUGUAAAUGCAGCUGUCAAUGAAUUCAAAGAUUUAUUUAAAUAAAAAGGUGUUGAGUAAAAACGCA